CCUUCUCAUUCAGACUCUUCGCCAGCAAUCGUGAAAUUGCGUCACAUCCAUCAUGGAGAAUCAGCAUCAACCCGGAGACAGCAUUGCUCGUGACUUCACUGACGAUGUCAAUGGAAAGCAAUACUCGGGCGAUGACCUCGAGGACACGCUCGCGAGGAUCAAGACCAGUGGCACUGGCAGUGUAACCAUUUCGUCCGACCUAUUUGAGAAGCUGUAUCUUCAGCCGAAGAUCGAUAAGCUCCCUCUCAAGCAUCCUUUGCAGAGGAUCUUUGGUAACCCGACGCCAAUUGCAAUCGUUGGGUUCGAGAUGAGUUUGAUGCCAAUCACCAUGCAGCUGAUGGGCUGGCAUGGCGCUGGAGGCUCACGCUCAGCGAACAACGCGACUGUGGUCCUCUAUGGCGGAAUUUUGAUGUGGAUCGGUGGCUUGCUCGAGUUCGUGCUCGGUAACACCUUCCCAUUCGUGGUGUUCGCUACCUUCGGUUCGUUCUGGGCUGCGUAUGGCGCUACUUUGAUGCCAGCCUUCGAGACCUACCAAUCAUUCGCAACAGACCCGGAUGUCGCAGCCACUGGACUUGCUGCCCCAGAGUUCAAUGCCAAUUAUGCCUUCUACUGGGUAGCGUUCACCAUACUGUCGCUAUUCUUCUUCAUCUGCAGUCUUCGAACGAACGUGGUAUUCGCCAUCAUAUUUGGCACUAUCCUUCCAGCAGUCGCAUGCUUGGCAGGAGUGUUCUUCUACGUUUCGGAUGGCGACGCAGAAAAGGCCCACGACCUCCAGAUCGUAAGUGUCGUCAAUUUGCUGAAGUCCAUUGGAUACAGUACUAACGACGCCCAGGCCGCUGCUGGACUGCUCUUCGCAACAUGCCUCGCUGGUUGGUAUCUGUUCGCGGCUCUCAUCUUCCCGACCGUUGAUUUCCCGAUUCCCGUCCCGCUUGGAGAUCUUCAGGGUAUCGUGCCUUCACUCACUGAGAUCCAAGGUGGUCACAAGUCCGGCUGGUCUAUUCUUCGGAGGAAUAAGCGUGUUCAGGCGGAUGAUUCCGUUUGAUGGUGAUCGUUGCUGGGAUUUGGUGGUGGGAAAUUCUACGGAGAAGUGCAAGAAGGAGGGAUCGAAAAGUAUGGUUGUUGAAUGAGUGAUGAUGAGAUGGUCACGUUGCAAAUACCCCUUCAACUGAGAGCGCUGACUGACUGCAUGUAUACUACAAUGCUGUUUAAUGAUCAAUACGGC